ACCCUGCAGGACUCAAGACCUCUGACAUGUUGUAGCAACAAGCCCUUUGUGACCCUGCGACUCCCUGAUCUGCUGCUGGAUUUCUGAUUUUCCUUUAUUUUGUUUGACAAACGGGAGAAGAGAGUUGAAGAAGUACUUUGGAUUUCACCGAUACAUGGAUUUUUACUGCCUCUGAAUCUCUGUGAACAUUUCCUGUGCUGAACCUGAACAAUGCAGUCCCUCAUAGACUUGAAGCCCAAUUUCAACUGCCCUCCUCCGCCGUCCUCCAUGGCUGCCGGGCCUGAUGCUUAUCUCCAGGGUAACAUCAGGAUGACUCUGGAGGACCCUGAACUCUGGAGGACCUUUCAUGAGAUUGGGACCGAGAUGAUCAUCACUAAACCUGGAAGGAGGAUGUUUCCACACUGUAAAGUGAAUCUCACCGGCCUUAUUCCCUGCGCCAAGUACAUCCUGCUGGUGGAUAUGGUGCCAGAGGACGGGUUCAGGUACAAGUGGAAUAAAGAGAAAUGGGAGGUGGCAGGAAAAGCGGAGCCCCAGCCUCCCUGCAGGACCUACCUCCACCCCGACUCUCCAGCACCGGGGAGCCACUGGAUGAAGCAGUCCGUCUCCUUCCUCAAGCUCAAGCUCACCAACAACACACUGGACCAGCACGGCCAUAUCAUCUUGCACUCCAUGCACCGGUACCACCCGCGCUUCCACAUCGUCCAGGCCGACGACCUGUUCAGCGUCCGCUGGAGCGUCUUCCAGACCUUCACCUUCCCCGAGACGUCCUUCACGGCCGUCACCGCCUACCAGAACACCAAGAUCACUAAACUGAAGAUUGAUCACAACCCGUUUGCUAAAGGUUUUCGAGAGGAGGGUACCAAUAAGAAAAGGCGUCCCAACAAGAGCCCGUCCUGCCUGGAGAAGCGGCAGAAGAUGUCCGACACGAGGGACUCCGAGGAGGAAAAUCCACAAGAUUUCCUCCACUCGUCAUACGAGGGCUACGACGGAGACGAAGCCGAGCUGCCCAAAAAGAAAGAGGUGGACGACAUCAAAGAGGAGCGCUACUCGCCGUGGACAGCGGAGAGGGAGCACCGGGCGAGGACGGAGUCUCCCGCCGGGGCCGAGGCCAGAGAUCUGUACAACGCAGAGCAGCUCGUUCCUGCUCCCGCUUCUUAUCAACUGUACAGGUUCCAUGAGUACGGGAAGGCUCCCUCACCCUCCUCCAGCGUCAGCAGCAGCAACGGCGGCUCAGAGCGCGGCAGCUUCGAGUCCAGGGUCCCCGACAUCGCCACCGUGCCCGAUCACGACUCAUCCAAGCCCCACGAAGUCGCCGGCCCUUCGCCGUGUGGCCCCCAGCACCUGCCGGGCCCCCAGGACUACCCCGGGGUUCUCAACAUGACCGUGGCGCAGGCUGGGAAACCGGGAGUCAUCGGCCACCACAUCUACAGCCCCUACAACGCUGAGCAGCCUCUGGGCCAGUGGAGCAACCCCGGUCCGACCCAGUAUCCACCCCCUCACCACCUGACCGCUGACUACACCGCGCAGGCCGUGCACCACGGCUAUCACCAUGGCAACGUGGCCGAGUGGAGCCAGUACCCGCUGUUCUCGUAUUCCUGCUGGUGAAGGGACCGUCGGUGUCGACGUGACUGAGAAGUGACGCUGCUGUUUUACUGAGUCAAUGCAUGUUUACACAAAAGACUGAGGGGCCCCUGAGGCCCUCGAGGGCCCGGUUUGCCAGAAGAGAAAACCUCACAGAUGAGGAGUCCUCUGCUCAGACUGACAGGAUUCAGGCUGAAGGAUUAACUCCGAAUGAUGAACGAACGGAUGAAUUAAGUGUUUUAUUUAUUUUGUAUUUCAUCUCAUGCUCGAGUGUAAAUAUUAUUUUUGUAUAAAAAAAAACAUUCAAAUGUAAGUGUGCAAUUGAUGUGCUUCUUCAAGUUGUGAUGUGAUCUGAAAAAUAAAAGGCUAAAAUCG